CAUAUUUCUCUCCAUGCAGGAAGAACGUGGGCAAGACUCAUCACAUGCCAGAUUAUAACUCAGCCCAUGCUUUCUCUAUCUAGAUAUAUCUCUAUCACUCUCUUGUAUCUUGAAACACAUCGAGCUGCCUGUUCAUCACAAUAUAUUGAUCAAGGUCGGUUGUGGUGUACGGUUAUCUGAACGUCAAACUUGCUGGAUAAAGCCAAACUGCACUCCAAGAACAACUUGAUAAUAGUAUAUACCAACCUUUUAGGUCAGAAUCUUGUUAAAUCAGCAGGGUUCUGGAGUUUCCGAGCAAGUCAGUGUGAAAUUAAAGGAUGGGUUGGUUGCCCAUGUUACAGGGGCCCAACUCAUAAGUUGAAUUAUUCUUCCCGCGUUUUCCAACCUCUAUGGAAAAGUUACAUAGAUAGCUUUCGCAUGCUGUCGUCUGUUAAUGUGGUUCAUAAACUCUGCAGUCGAACCUUGGUAGUGGUGAGUUAACUAACUAACUAAUCAUUACCCACUUAGGGGUGAAGGCCAGUUGAAAAACCCAUCGAUCACCAUUCGAACUAGUCUCACAACUCAACAGACAACCGGAAAUAUGACGGACAAAGAGCCUCUCUAUAUCUAUAAACUCGUGCCUUCAUCGGCGCCCGUCCGAGAACCUCUUCCGGAGCGACUCCCCGUCAGUGAGCUCGAUCAAAAAUCGGGUUUUAUUCAUCUCUCCACCGCAUUUCAGGUGCCAAACACGCUCAAGUUCUUCUUCAAAGAUGAGCCUCUUGUUUAUGUGCUACGGAUUCCGUUCAAGCGCGUAGCUGAGAAUCUUCAAUGGGAAAAUCCCGAGGGCACCGUAUGCGGGCCGCGACCUAAGGAGGGGCUGUUUCCGCAUUUAUACAACGACCUCAAGUUGGGGAAGGAGGAGGUGGAGAGCAUCGCCAUUUGGGUCAACGACAAUGGGUGGGAUAAUGCUCUCUCACAAGCGACGCCCUGGCUUGUAUAUUAGGAGCCUCGGUCAAGCUACUAUUUUAAUAUUGAAUAUUGCAGGAAUGGAUGGGCUUUUCCAUUGUUUCAUCUGAGUACUAUGGCAAUAUGUUACGUUGUACACACGAAGUACAUAUUGGAAACAAAAUUUAAUCACAAACAUUUGAAGGCAUGAAGCUCACUUUUACCAAACCAUUCAUAGGCAUGUUCUAGUCACCCAAUGGAUAGCAGUGCAAAGUUUGACCAUCUGUGUCGGCAAGCGAGCGUCUCAGCAUAGCACAAACAGUUUUAUCUUGAGAAAGAAUGAUUAGACUUACA